UACUGUCAAAACAGCCUACAUCAACAUGAUGGAGCUGUUUGAGACCAACACUAAUUUUUUCAACGAUUUACGUUAUCUCGAGGCGGAUCAUGGGACCUUGGAUAUGCCUGGAGUGUCCCCACUCUAUGAGGGGAACGACAGCCCUCUGUCCGCGGGACAGGAUCCGGUCCCGUCCGAGACAGGGUGCGAGAGCAGCGGGGAGGAACACGUCCUCGCGCCGCCGGGGCUCCAGCCUCACUGCGAAGGGCAGUGUCUUAUGUGGGCAUGUAAGAUCUGUAAGAGAAAAUCCGCGCCGACCGACCGGCGAAAGGCCGCCACUCUGAGAGAAAGGAGGCGGCUUAAAAAGAUCAACGAAGCGUUUGACGCGUUAAAGAAAAAGACGGUGCCCAAUCCGAACCAGAGGCUGCCCAAAGUGGAGAUUUUACGCAGCGCGAUAAACUACAUCGAGAAACUGCAGGACCUGUUGCAUACGCUAGAUGAGCAAGAACAUAACUCUGAAAGUGUCCCUUACACGUACAACGUGAAAGAAAACCAUGUGGCUCCCAAUGAGUAUCACUGGAAAAAGACCUGCCAGAACUGGCAGGGGAUUCCAGAUCAUUCCAACUCCCAGAUGGCCGGUCAUCGAGAAGAAGCCGCAGUGGAGUCGUCGUCCAGCAGCCUUCGCCACCUCUCCUCGAUUGUUGACAGCAUUUCCACUGAAGAGACGAAAGCUCGCUGUCCCGAGCAGAUCUCAGAAAAGUGAAGCUCGAGCAUCCACCUCACAUUUCCUUCAUAUAUUUAUUUCCAUGAGCUAGUGUGAAUGUUCUGAAUGUAAUAGGCAACACUUUGCAAUAACGUUUGUAAA